AUGAGCUAUUACGGCAGCAGCUACCCGAUCGUGAGCAUGGACCCCAAGUACCCGGGUUACCCCCCCGAGCAUGUCCUCGCGGAGAAGAGGCGGGCCCGGCGGCGCCUCCUCCACAAGGACGGCAGCUGCAACGUGUACUUCAAGCACAUUUUCGGAGAGUGGGGGAGCUACGUGGUGGACAUCUUCACCACCCUCGUGGACACCAAGUGGCGCCACAUGUUCGUGAUAUUCUCUUUGUCUUACAUCCUCUCCUGGUUGACGUUCGGCUCCGUCUUUUGGCUGAUCGCCUUCCACCACGGGGACCUGCUGAACAACCCAGACAUCACGCCCUGCGUGGACAACGUCCACUCCUUCACGGGGGCGUUCCUGUUCUCCCUGGAGACCCAGACCACCAUCGGCUACGGGUACCGCUGUGUCACCGAGGAGUGCUCGGUGGCCGUGCUCACCGUGAUCCUGCAGUCCAUCCUGAGCUGCAUCAUCAACACCUUCAUCAUCGGCGCCGCCCUGGCCAAGAUGGCAACGGCUCGGAAGCGAGCCCAGACCAUCCGCUUCAGCUACUUCGCCCUCAUUGGCAUGCGGGACGGGAAACUCUGCCUCAUGUGGCGCAUCGGCGACUUCCGGCCCAACCACGUGGUGGAGGGCACCGUCCGGGCCCAGCUUCUGCGCUACACGGAGGACAGCGAAGGGCGCAUGACCAUGGCGUUCAAGGACCUGAAGCUGGUCAACGACCAGAUCAUCCUGGUCACGCCGGUCACUAUCGUCCACGAGAUCGACCACGAGAGCCCUCUGUACGCCCUGGACCGAAAAGCGGUGGCCAAGGACAACUUUGAGAUUCUGGUGACAUUCAUCUAUACCGGCGACUCCACGGGGACCUCCCACCAGUCCCGAAGUUCCUACGUCCCCCGGGAGAUCCUCUGGGGGCACAGGUUCAACGACGUCUUGGAGGUGAAGAGAAAGUACUACAAGGUGAACUGCUUGCAGUUCGAGGGCACCGUGGAGGUCUACGCGCCCUUCUGCAGUGCCAAGCAGCUGGACUGGAAGGACCAGCAGCUCCACAGCGCGGACAAGGCCCCCCCGCUCCGAGGCUCCGGCCUGUCGGAAACCAAGGUCAGGCGGAGGUCAUUCAGCGCCGUGGCCAUCGUCAGCAGCUGCGAAAGCCCGGAGGAGACGGCCAGCUCGGCCCCGGAUGAGUGUAAGGAGGCCCCUUACCAGAAGGCUCUCCUCACUCUCAACAGGAUCUCCGUGGAGUCCCAAAUGUAG